CCGGAAAUAAAAACAACUCUGGUUUUACACAACUCUGCUGCUGAAUAAUCUACUUUGAAUUUAUAAUCAAAAUAAUAUUAUAUAUAUAUAAAGCGAUUUAACCCACAUCAGUAAAAAUCAACAACACUCAAUUUAUCAAUAUGGCUCCUACUAUCCUCGUCGUUGGCGCAACCGGUAGCACUGGCAAAAGCGUCAUGCGUAACCUUCCUACGUUGCUAGAAUCCAAGAAUAGCAAGUAUCGAAUCCUCGGCUUAACCCGCUCCUUGAAUAGCCCUACUUCUCAGACACUCGCCAAGUUACCAUUUGUGGAGAUGCAAGAGAAAGACUGGACUACAAUCGACGCUGAUUGGCUCAAGGAACAAGAAGUGGUUAGAGUUUACAUUGCACCACACAACUUGCCGCAUCAGUUUUUGGAUGAAUCUGCAUUCUACAAUGCCUUGCUACAAGCCGGAGUCAAGUACGUAGUGAAAGUUUCGACAGUUGCGAAGUAUGUAGGCCCUACCAGCCCUGUAUUCUACGGUCGCUCGCACUGGGCCAGUGAAAACCUGUUAAGUCAGCCAGAGUUCAAGAACUUACAAUGGACUUCUCUCCAACCAAACCUUUUUACCAACACCUGUAUCACUUCUGCCGUAGAUUGGAUUAAGCAAUACCAAAAGACCGGAAACCAAGAGACCUUAAACAUCAUGCUGGCUGCUGAUACUCCUGUGGCACUCAUCGAUCCAGAAGAUGUCGGCAAGGUCGGAGCUCAUCUUCUAGCUCUCGAUGACCCUACUCCACACAAUCAAGCCAAAUAUGUUCUUAACGGACCGGAGGAUAUUACCGGAAAGCAGAUAGUGGAAGCAGUUGAACAGUACACUGGCGUCAAAGCACAAGACGUGAAGUACAAGUCCAUAGGCUUUUUAAAUGAUCUGUUUACGGCGGACGUUUACCCAAAGACCUUUUUGUCGUCGUUUUUGGCUGGCUGUGGAUAUUUAUGGCGGGGUGAAUGCUCAACCUCUGGCAGCACAACCAGCAAAGAAAUCAUCGAACUCGCUCCUCCAACACUUAUACUUGCUGAUACUUUGAAGGCAAUGAUGGAAGAGUAAUAAAAUGAAUAGAUUAUUAAAUAAAUUAUCACUUUAUAUUGACUAUCUCCGAUGUAUCAUUUGUAUACCUAAAUUUUCUGUAUUAUACAAUUAAAUUU